CAGGACGUUAAUUUAUUAAACUCAUUAAAAUAUUAUCUAAGCAGUAACCUAAAUUAAUAAUUAAAGAAUUUAAAAAUACAUUCGUGAGUUUUUAUGAUCCAACAGCCAGUCCUUGGUAUUUAUUGCAUUGAUUAAAAAUUUAUCACCUAUUUUCUCGGAACGUAUGUAAAAAAAAAAGUAUAACUAUAUGUGAGAAAUGGUAAUAUAGCUCUUGUCAUGAUGAUCAGUGAUAGUUGAUGGGGCCAAAGCUGAUGAGCAAGCCUUUGAAAAACGUACACACCUGAUGGUUCACACAGUUACAAUAAUCUCGAUGCAAUCGCAUCACGUUAUACAAUGUAUAUAAAUAUAUACAUACAAAUACGUACUCGAGCUUUUUUACUCAUUGCCGGAAGUCACUUAGUGUCAUCCUAGGCUUGCAGUUUGUACUGUUUACCACGUGGAGCUCAAGCUCUUGCGUUUUAUUUAAUAGCUAAAUAAGUGCGUCGUUUUCGAAAAAAUUUAGUCAACAAUGAAUAGUUUAAGCGGGGGUAAAAAAUAUCGGAGAAGUGAAAAAAAACCAAUGGCUGAUGAUAAGAAAGAUGAUAAAUAUUAUGAACGGCGUAAAAGAAAUAAUGAAGCCGCUAAAAAAUCACGAGACGCUCGGAAACUACGCGAAGAUUUUAUGGCAAUAAGAGCUAAAUUAUUAGAGAACGAAAACGGAAUUUUGUGGAAAAAAAUAAUUUUAUUGUGUCAAGAAGUUGAAGCUCUCCAUGAAUUUAUAAGAAAAACUCGUCAAUUCGUACCAGUUGAUAAAACUGAUCGUAAAUAUUGGAUGGAUGUAAAUCAUCAGCGAGAAAUUUUAAUUCGUGGACCAAUUAAUUGCCUUAAAAAUAUUGCCGAGUGUCCGUCGACAUCGUCAUCGAUCUCAUCGUCAUCGUCAUCGUCAUCGUCAGUUGACAAUAAUAACAAUGCUAGCGUAACCGCUUUGACAUUUAUCUCACGGCUUUCAUCAACUUUGCAUGCACCAACGCAGUUUGCCAUCUAACAAUCCUAUUAUUUACAUCUACGUGAUUGUUUAUUUACACCGAGCUUAAAUAUUAUUUAUUCAUAACCAUAUUAAUUAUUUACUUCAAAGUUAA